AGUGCUGGGGGAGUCCGAAGAUGGCGGCGUCGCGUCGCUCUCAGCAUCAUCACCACCAUCAUCAGCAACAGCUCCAGCCCGCCCCAGGGGCUUCGGCGCCGCCGCCGCCACCUCCCCCACCUCUCAGUCCCGGCCUGGCCCCGGGGACCACCCCGGCCUCGCCGACGGCUGGUGGCCUGGUCCCCUUCGCUUCCCCGCGGCACGGCCUAGCGCUGCCGGAGGGGGAUGGCAGUCGGGAACCUCCCGACAGGCCCCGAUCCCCGGACCCGGUUGACAGCACCGGCUGUUGCAGCAGCACCAGCAGCACGGUGUGUACGGUCUCCGCCGUCACCGGGGUCCCGGUGGCUUCCGUUUCAUCAGCCGUCGGGGUCGCUCCUAACCCAGCCGGCGGUGGCAGCAACAAUUCACCAUCCUCUUCCUCUUCUCCGACUUCUUCCUCGUCUUCCUCUCCGUCGUCCCCUGGAUCGAGUUUGGCCGAAAGCCCCGAGGCGGCUGGAGUGAGCACCACAACAACUUUGGGGCCUGGGGCCGCGGGGCCCGGGACGGGGGUCCCGGCGGUGAGCGGGGCGCUUCGGGAACUGCUGGAGGCCUGUCGCAAUGGGGACGUGUCCCGGGUGAAGAGGCUGGUGGACGCCGCGAACGUGAACGCUAAGGACAUGGCUGGCCGGAAGUCUUCUCCCUUGCACUUCGCGGCAGGUUUUGGGAGAAAGGAUGUUGUAGAACACUUACUGCAGAUGGGUGCCAAUGUCCAUGCUCGUGAUGAUGGAGGUCUCAUCCCACUUCAUAAUGCCUGUUCUUUUGGCCAUGCUGAGGUUGUGAGUCUGUUACUGUGCCAAGGAGCAGAUCCAAAUGCCAGGGAUAACUGGAACUACACACCUCUGCAUGAAGCUGCUAUCAAAGGGAAAAUUGAUGUCUGCAUUGUGCUGCUGCAGCACGGAGCUGAUCCAAACAUUCGGAACACUGAUGGGAAAUCAGCCUUGGACCUGGCAGAUCCUUCAGCAAAAGCUGUCCUUACAGGUGAAUACAAGAAAGACGAACUCCUAGAAGCUGCUAGGAGCGGUAAUGAAGAAAAACUAAUGGCUUUACUGACUCCUCUAAAUGUGAAUUGCCAUGCAAGUGAUGGGCGAAAGUCUACUCCUUUACAUCUAGCAGCAGGAUACAACAGAGUAAGGAUAGUUCAGCUGCUCCUUCAGCAUGGCGCUGAUGUUCAUGCAAAAGACAAAGGUGGGCUUGUGCCUCUUCAUAAUGCGUGUUCAUAUGGACAUUAUGAAGUCACAGAACUGCUACUAAAGCAUGGAGCUUGUGUUAAUGCUAUGGAUCUCUGGCAGUUUACUCCUCUGCAUGAGGCUGCUUCCAAAAAUCGUGUAGAAGUCUGCUCUCUGUUACUUAGCCAUGGUGCUGACCCUACAUUAGUCAACUGUCAUGGCAAAAGUGCUGUGGAUAUGGCUCCGACUCCUGAGCUCCGGGAGAGACUGACUUAUGAAUUCAAAGGUCAUUCUUUACUACAAGCAGCUAGAGAAGCAGACCUAGCCAAAGUUAAAAAAACACUCGCUUUGGAGAUCAUUAAUUUCAAACAACCACAGUCUCAUGAAACAGCACUGCACUGUGCUGUGGCUUCCUUGCAUCCCAAACGGAAACAAGUAACAGAACUGUUACUUAGAAAAGGAGCAAAUGUCAAUGAAAAAAAUAAAGAUUUCAUGACUCCCCUGCAUGUUGCAGCAGAAAGAGCUCAUAAUGAUGUCAUGGAGGUUCUGCAUAAGCAUGGAGCAAAGAUGAAUGCACUGGACACCCUUGGUCAGACGGCUUUGCAUCGAGCUGCACUAGCAGGUCAUCUGCAGACCUGCCGCCUCCUGCUGAGCUAUGGCUCGGAUCCUUCCAUCAUCUCCCUACAAGGCUUUACUGCAGCACAGAUGGGGAAUGAAGCAGUGCAGCAGAUCCUGAGCGAGAGCACACCUAUACGUACUUCAGAUGUGGACUACCGACUCUUGGAAGCAUCGAAAGCUGGUGAUUUGGAAACUGUGAAGCAACUUUGCAGCCCACAAAAUGUGAAUUGCAGAGACCUGGAGGGCCGGCAUUCUACCCCCUUACACUUCGCGGCAGGUUACAAUCGUGUGUCUGUCGUGGAGUACCUUCUACACCAUGGUGCCGAUGUCCAUGCUAAAGACAAGGGUGGCUUGGUGCCCCUCCACAAUGCCUGUUCCUAUGGGCACUAUGAGGUCGCUGAGCUCUUAGUGAGGCAUGGGGCAUCUGUCAAUGUGGCCGACUUGUGGAAAUUUACCCCGCUCCAUGAAGCAGCAGCCAAAGGAAAAUAUGAAAUCUGCAAGCUCCUCCUAAAACAUGGAGCAGAUCCAACUAAAAAAAACAGAGAUGGAAAUACACCUCUAGAUUUGGUCAAAGAAGGAGACACAGACAUUCAAGACUUGCUGAGAGGGGAUGCUGCCUUGUUGGAUGCUGCCAAGAAGGGCUGCCUGGCAAGAGUGCAGAAACUUUGUACACCAGAGAAUAUCAACUGCAGAGACACCCAGGGCAGGAAUUCCACUCCGCUGCAUCUGGCAGCGGGCUAUAAUAACCUGGAAGUAGCUGAAUAUCUUCUAGAACAUGGAGCAGAUGUAAAUGCCCAGGACAAAGGUGGUUUAAUUCCUCUUCAUAAUGCUGCAUCUUAUGGGCAUGUUGACAUAGCUGCUUUACUAAUCAAAUACAAUACAUGUGUAAAUGCAACCGAUAAGUGGGCAUUUACUCCUCUUCAUGAAGCAGCCCAAAAAGGAAGGACACAGUUAUGUGCCCUACUCCUAGCACAUGGUGCAGAUCCAACUAUGAAGAACCAAGAAGGUCAGACACCUUUAGAUUUGGCAACCGCUGACGAUAUCCGAGCAUUGCUGAUAGAUGCCAUGCCCCCAGAGGCCUUACCUACCUGUUUUAAACCUCAGGCGACUGUAGUGAGCGCCUCUCUCAUCUCACCAGCAUCCACUCCCUCCUGCCUCUCUGCUGCCAGCAGCAUAGAUAACCUAACUGGCCCUUUAGCAGAGCUGGCAGUGGGAGGGGCCUCCAAUGCAGGGGAUGGUGCAGCCGGAACAGAAAGGAAGGAAGGAGAAGUUGCGGGUCUUGACAUGAAUAUCAGCCAGUUCCUAAAAACACUUGGCCUUGAACACCUGCGGGAUAUCUUUGAAACAGAACAGAUUACACUAGAUGUUUUGGCUGACAUGGGUCAUGAAGAGUUGAAAGAAAUAGGGAUCAACGCAUAUGGACAUCGCCACAAAUUAAUCAAAGGAGUAGAAAGACUUUUAGGUGGACAACAAGGAACCAAUCCUUACUUGACUUUUCAUUGUGUAAAUCAGGGAACUAUUUUGCUAGAUCUUGCUCCAGAAGAUAAAGAAUAUCAGUCAGUAGAAGAAGAGAUGCAGAGUACUAUUCGAGAACAUAGAGAUGGUGGGAAUGCUGGUGGCAUCUUUAACAGAUACAAUGUCAUUCGAAUUCAAAAAGUUGUCAACAAGAAGUUGAGAGAGCGAUUCUGUCACAGACAAAAGGAAGUAUCUGAAGAGAACCACAACCAUCACAAUGAGCGCAUGCUCUUUCAUGGUACGUACCAUGAAGCAUACCCAGAGUAUCUCAUCACAUACCAGAUUGUGAAACCAGAAGCCCCCUCACAGACCUCCACAGCUGCAGAGCAGAAGACCUAGUAAAUGCCCCCCCACCCCCAGUAAAAACCAGAUCGAAUGCCAACCUGGGACUAGAUUACAGUGGAUUGUGUUCAACAACAACAAAAAAAUCCACAGUCUCUUCAUCCUUGACAGCCUAGAAAUAAGCUACUCGUCUUUCAUAAAGCAUUGCGAUAGUGAUGAGUAUAUUAUGAAUAACAAAUACUCAACUGCUACUGUUCCCGUUGAGGGAAUGUUUACAAGGGCGGCCUUUUAACAUAUCUCAGGCUCAUUCUCAUUGCAGUUACCCAUUUCUUAAGCCAGAUUUCUUUGAUCUAGACUUGGAAAUGGAAAAAGAAAACCAAUACUGUCUCAUAUGUUCAUAAUCGCACACUACAUUUGCUUUAUGUGUAUGACAUAUAACAGACAUACACAUAUGACAGGCUCAUUGAACUUUUUUUCAAACAUGCAUCAUUGGUGCUUUUUUACUUUGAAAAUGAGCCCAGAGCCCUUCCCAGGAUAUUUUGAACAAGUCACACUGAAUAAUACCAUUAACAGUGUAGUGCAGCCUGAGCUUCUGGCUAAGCAAGAUGCUGUUUCCACUUUUUUGUUGGUUUUGUAUCUGUGCUUGUUGUGAACACAAAUGAAGAUGAAAAGGGAAAACAUCAAACUUUAAUUUCCUUUUUCUAGUCUGCCCAGCUUACAAGGGAAGACACAGACCAUCAGCCUGACUUAGGAGCUGAUGAGAUAUUAGAGCCAGGAACAGCCACUUCCUUUUUCCAGUACAGCCUGCUGCGUGGGGAGUUCAGGACAGUGCUGGAACCCCAGAAAGCAUAGUCAGGAACACAUCUGAGUGAAGUAAUGAUGACUUCUGUUCCCCAGUGAACUGCCUACAAGGCGCUGGCUAGUCAGCCUACAAACAGGGAGCUUGAUGAGAAGCACCUGGCUGUACACAUUGCAGCCAAGAAGCGUGGAAGGGACUUCUCACAGAAUAGAUGAUACUUCCCUUCAGUCAACCUGUACCACCAGAACUGGGGUCCUCAAAAGUAACUGCCUUAUUCCCGAAGUCAGUGAAACUAUUGUACUUCAUUAAGGUCUCAAAACAUUUUAUUGUCUCUUUAGUUUAGAAAGCUAGGACUCAACCCUUGUAAUAGAUGUACACAAAUGCAAGAACUUUUUUGACUUCAGAUUUGAAGGGUAUUUUGAGUAGCAUGCUUCAAAUAGUUUAUAAAGAUCUCUGCACUAAAUUUUUGAGCUAUUCUUAAUAUAUUUAGACAAAAAAUUGAAACCAAAGCCCUUUUGGUUAUUUUUUUUUAAUGAAUUUGAUAAGGAAGCACCAUACUGCUUCUUCUCCCCAACAUUUGCAAAGUACAUAUUGACAGUAAUGAAAGUUACCCACUGCAGUCCUUAGGCUUGCCCUGGUCACCAUGACUGAGUAUUGGGCAGAGUGCAUAUUUUUAUUUACUUGACAUGCUGUGCAUCUCACUCAGCUUUGAAGCAAAAGUAAUGUGAACAUCAUAGAAAAAUAAGAACCAGUGUAAACCUGCCACAUCCAUUGAAAGUCCUGAAAACUAAUAUAACUUUUCUUUUUAGUGCAGUCUGAUUAAGCUGUGACCUCCUUUAAGUUUCCAAACGUGAAAUAAAAUGGCUACAUGCAAAAUCUUAGAAAUAAGCUCUUGAAAUAAACUUUUUUUGUGGCUUUAGCCUAAUGCUAGAAUGAGGCACUGAGACUGCUGAAUUUUCUAUUUGAAGCUUGCAUGGGUCCUCAAAGUUCAACCAAGAAUUAGCGUUACCUGUUGCUUCUGUUGAAGUGUCAGUGACCUAGGCUGGGUGUUUUUUUCUUGGCUGUGUAUUUAGUGGCACUAGAGGGCUUUUUUCCUCCUUCCCUUCUUUUUUGCUGUGUAUAAAAUGGUUGAAGAAAUGGCUCUCGGUGUCAUUUUGAGUAGCUGUGGAGUGUGUAUUACUCGCCCUCACCUCCAGCAUAGUCAGAACAGUAAACACACCUGUGGGUUUUAGUUAAAUAAACAAGUUAAUAUGGUGUAGAUAUGGACAGCUCUAUAGCUUCAUUAAAAAGAUAAACCACUACCCAACUGUGGUUGGAUGUUGUGUUAUUUCCAUCAUAUACUAAUUAGAUUCAUACAUGUGCCAGUUUUAAAUGUGGGCUUUACACUUGAGAAGUUAAGAUUGUGGUUCAUUCAACUGCCAGUGUUCUAUGUCUGAUGUUCUGUAUACCUAGUAAAGGUACAUGUAAAGAAGACAUCGCAGCACUUCUAGUCAAUUCAAGCAUGUCAUAGUUCUUGAAAGAGUGUAUGUAUAUUAUCAAUUAAAGAGAUUAGGUUAAGGGAUAUAUCACAGGAGCCAAAUAGAUUUUUUCAGAACUUGAAAGCCAAAGGUCAUCAUGAGUAUACUUAAAAGUUAGCAAAAGUUGAUCACACUUGGAAUUUCCAUAUAUAGUAAUGUGAGGAACCUUCUGGAAUAUAAAAGUGUGGUAUUAAAUUUAACUAGGCUCUGUUUAAUUUCUUAUAUAUGCACUAUUGAAAAACACAAGUUUGGGACUCCCUGAAACACACCCUCUGAUUCCCAAACUGAACAGAAGAGAGAAUCUUGACAUUUCUGCCGUUGCUACCAGCUUUUACCACAGUUCAAAGGGCUUCUUUAGGUCUGAGGGGCCCAGUUUUCCAGGGUUUUUUUGUUUGUUUGUUUGUUUGUUGUGGCUAACUGGGGAUAUUUAGGCAUAAAUUAAGUGCUCUAAAUACUUUGCUCCUUGGACUUACCUUUGCCUUUCCCUCAAUUGCUAGUUGUAAUUUUAGAAAGCUCUAAUUGCCUUUUACCCCACUUAUUUUCUUUCUUCAUCUUAAGUCUUACAAAAAGAAUCUGGGUAUCUCUCCAUUUCCAUAUCACAACCAGAACUGUGCUCAAAAUUUCUGCCAGUUUGUUAGCAAAUGACCACAUGGAACCCAGAGUUUUUCUUCUACACAAAAUGAUAGCAGUACACCAGGAUUCUUAUUUUCUCUUCCUCUUUAGCAAUCCAGAAUUUCUAGCCAAGUAGAAAUUCUAGCCAAGCAGCUUACGUAAAUAAACAAUAUAGUGUGUAUUCACAAAAUAACAAGCAUCCUUGUGCUCCUUUGAGCUUGAUGAUAUUGGCUGAUCUCCCUUUGCUGUCUUAAAAUAGCCAAGUGCAUUGAAACAUAUAGAGAAAUGCCUAAACAUGAUGACAAGCAAACACUAAUAUAGAUUCACUUUCUAUUGUCAUAGAUAUUGUACAAAAACAAAAUUUUGUUUAAAGCAGGAAAACAGUUCUACCAAAUGCAAUAGGCUGUUGAGAUUUUUCUCUAUUUCAGCAUAUUCUCUAAAUGCACAAAGUGUUAUUAAACAUUGUUCUCCUUCCCUUUUCAAGUGUGUAUUAAAUGGAUUCCUAUAAAUGGUCUCACAAACAGUUUUCUAAGCGGCUUUCCACCAGUGCACCUAGACCUCAGUUGUGUGUUAUCUGUGGUAGCCUUCUGACUGUGUUUCUUUCAGAGUAAUUAUCUUCCUACAGCUACAGACUUUAGUCAUUCAACAAAUGUUCAAACCUGACAUUAAACUAGGGUUUAGUGUGUCAGACAUUUACUUAAAGACUGAAGUUUGUAGGAUGUUAAAUCAACGACAGAGAAAUGAAAAUAAUACUUGCUACUCUGAGCACAUCUAACAUAGGGAAAGGAAGAACAGUCCAAAAAUACCACCUUUUAAGAGAGGCUGCUUCUGGCAACUUGUGCAUUCUGCAAUUAAUAGGCAGUUUUUCUUCUUAAGAAAGCCUUAACUUGGCAGACAUUUUUUAAUCUUUUAUAUCCUGAUGUGUGAAACAGUCUAAUUCUAUUUCUUAGCAUUGGAACGGUGUCACUGAAUGGGGUAUGUCUCCAUGUAUUACGUAUAUGGUAAGCUGACGAGGGAAUAUUUCCUAAUACGCCCUCACAUACAACAGCGAACAGAAUCAAUACGUUCCAAUUUCUCCAUAUCUGAAACUCCUCAGAUCUUGUGGUUUGGAGAAAUGCUAAGAUUUCAAAGCCUGUUAAAUUGUACAUAUGGGAAUAUAAUAACAACCGUGAUACCAUGUAGCAUUUGCACAGUGUGCGAGCUAUUUUUUAAUCAUUUUAAAAUAGAAACUAUGAUAUAUUAAACUGAACACCUGUAGGAAACUGAAGAUUUUAUAUACUAAAAGACCAAAUAUGGUCAUAGUGAGACCUAUUUUAUACUUCUGCCAGAGUGUUCUGCAGAAGCCCUUUAAGGUAACAUUCACACUGUAGGAGGAUUGCAUUUGUACUCUCCUUUGGCCUUCUGUCCCUUACACUGGGCAUCUCUGUACCACUCCUCCAUCAUCUUUUCCAAGAGUUCCCUCACCCUCCAGAAUUCAGAUUGUUUUUGUCAUUUUUGUCUGUCUAUUUCCACAGGCACCCCUGAGUGUGCCCCAUGAUUCAGUUUAGUAGUGAAGCGUCCACAUACUCUGCUGUCCUUCCCAAUGUUCAGGACAAACAGUCGGGGAACACUACAAUGAAAGAAAGUUAAGAAGAACCUAAGUCUUGCAGGCCAACAGCCUAGAGCUAGGAGGUAGCCCUGACUGUAACCAUUGCUUCUGCUCCCAUUGUUCUACAGCUUCUUAUCUUUGUGGUAAUAAUUGUCUUUCAUACCUACAAAACUAAAAAGGUACUUUGAUGCACAAGGUUUCUGAGAAACAUUUACAAACCAGCUUUGAGGAAAUCUAGAAUGUUUCCUGGCAGCAUUGAGUAGUAGUUGUAUUUUCUCAUUGUGAUAUUGUUUUGUGUAAGUAAGUAGUGGCCUUUUGGUUCUUAUCCGUGUUGUUUUAUUUAGUCAGUGUGCCCACCAAAAACCAGAGUUCAUUGUCUAUUUAUAGGAUUGUCAGAUAGAACAUAAGAAGGCCUGUUAAACUGGAAUUUCCAAGUUUUCUACAUUGUGUUUCAUGCAAUAUUUAGCAUAUCCUUACAGUUUAAAGUGGGGAAGAGAUUCUUUACUUACAUGAAAUCUAGGUUUAACUGUGCAUCCUGGGCUUUUGCUUUGUUUUCUCUAUCUGGCAAUCCCAGCUAUUUGGUCAUGGAAAGUUGCUCACAGCAUGGAAAUUCUUCUAGUCUUUGUGUCUUUGCCUAAAGGCCUCUUUACCCUCACCCUCUAACUUACUUUCCAAAGAGGGCAUCAGGAACUUAACUGACGCCAUGGUGGGGUUUCUAUUUAAAACAUCUCUGUGAUUGUAUUUAACCUGUAAUUGUGCUUUGGCUUAACAUCUAACUUACACUACUUGUAAUUCAUUAAUAUUCAAUAAAAAAAUUUAUAAAGUA